AUGGCCUCCACUAGCCCAUAUAUCCCCACUCCCAUUCUGGUGAGGAUCCCUUAUGAAAGGGUGUUGGGAGCGAUACGCGAGAACCGUACCCUGUCAAUUGGUGUCGUCGCGGGUCUCUUUCUGGCUACCAUAGUCCGCUACUUCACCAGUCCGUGGCGCAAACUUCCUCCAGGUCCUCCUGGCGUACCCAUCCUUGGAAACGCGCUUCAACUGGUGGACAAGCAAUGGCUCAAGUUCAGCGCGUGGCGCAAGGCCUACGGAGACGUCAUAUACCUCAACGCUGCCGGCCAGCCAAUGGUAGUCCUGAACAGCCAGAAAGCCGCAGCGGACCUACUCGACCGCCGAGCUGGGAUAUACUCGGACCGUCCCCAGUUCAUAGUUGCGUCUGAUAUCAUGACUAGCGGUCUUCUCGUAGUCUUCACUCGCUACGGAGAUGUGUGGCGUCGCAUGCGGAAAGCUGCGCACGAAGGUUUGAACAAGGGCGUUGUGAAGGACUUCUACGACUAUCAGACGACGGAGGCGCUUCUCCUGGCCCGUGAUGGCCUGAAGAACUCGGCGGCUUGGGACAAGCAUUUGCGUCGCGCUGCGGCCAGUAUGGUCUUGUCCUGCGUAUACGACGAACCGCCGAUUGUCAGUGAACAGGACGUUCGCGUCAGCCUCAUCAACGACUUCGUUCAGCGGCUGACUCGUGCGGCAUAUCCCGGUGCACAUUGGGUUGAGAUGAUGCCCUGGAUGCGCCACAUCCCUAGUCAAUUCGCUGCAUGGAAACGUAAUGCAGAGGAAUGGAACAGGAAAGACGGUGAUAUGUUCCGCAAUCUGUUCACGCGUGUGCAAGAAAACGUGGCCAAGGGCGACGAACGCGCUUCUCUCUGCGCCACGCUCAUCAGAGAUUCUGGUCGGCACGGGUUGAGCAAAGACGAGAACUCGUGGUUAGCAGGCACCAUGUAUGCUGCUGGUGCGGAGACGACAUCUGCCGUGAUGAGCUGGUGGACGCUGGCUAUGCUCGCUUAUCCAGAAGUACAGAAGCGCGCACAAGAAGAACUCGACUCCGUCGUGGGCCGGACGCGUCUACCGACUUUCGCCGAUCUCCCUCAUCUUCCCUACAUCCGUGCCAUGGUCAAGGAGGCUCUUCGAUGGCGUCCCGUCGACCCCGUAGGACUGCGAGUCCCACACCGCAGCAUUGAGGAUGACUACUACGAAGGCCACUUCAUCCCUAAGGACACCAUCGUCGUCGCGAAUGUCUGGGAGCUCAACCGCGAUCCUGAGAUCUAUGGAUCUGAUGCUCAUCACUUUAACCCUGCGCGCCAUCUUGACGAGAAGGGCGAGGUUACGGCUGGACCCGUUGACACCAAGGAAGAGAGCCACUUCACGUUCGGGUUUGGCCGGCGCAUCUGCGUUGGGAGGCAUGUCGCCAACAACAGUCUCUUCAUCGACAUCGCGACGUGCCUCUGGGCGUUCUCUCUGACCAAGGAGAAAGGCAAAGAACUCGACGUCGACGGUUUCGUCGAAGACGGUCUCGUUGUACGGCCCGUACCCUUCGGCGUUGAGGUCGAACCUCGCUUCCCCGAAGCGAUCACUCUCCUCAACCAAGAGUGCGAGUUGCGCGGCCACUAA